CCGACCUGACCACUUGCCAAACAUUAGAAUCAACACGUGCAGCGCCAAUUUGGUUUUUAAUUUUUAUUUUGAUUUAAUUUCUAUAUAUCCACUGCACCAUGGCCGAUGAUGCUGGCCAGGACAAGAGGAAACAACAUCGUGCACGCCAAUCUGGUGUUAAGGCUGUUAAGAAGAAGGAUAAGGCCAAAAAAGACUCUAAUCAAAAGGAGCCCGAGCUGACGGCGCGGCAAAGGAAUCCCAAGGCAUUUGCCAUUAAUUCCGCGCAGCGAGCAGAAAGAAAUUUCCGCCGUAAAGAGGAUUUGACGGCCAAGAAGCAGCAUAUACCUGUAGUAGAUCAGACACCAGAUGAACCGCCGCCGGUGCUGAUUGCCAUAGUGGGACCACCGAAAGUGGGUAAAACAACACUGAUUAAGGAUCUGAUCAAAAGUUUUACACGAACCAAUGUCACGGACAUCAAGGGUCCCAUUACCAUAGUCACCUCUAAGAAGCGUCGCAUCACAUUGGUAGAGUGCAAUAAUGAUGUUAACUCGAUGAUUGAUAUAGCGAAAUGUGCGGAUCUGGUUUUGCUGCUUUGCGAUGCGAGUUAUGGAUUCGAAAUGGAAAUCUUUGAGUUCCUCAACAUAUGCCAAGUACAUGGCAUGCCAAAGAUUAUGGGCGUCCUCACGCAUUUGGAUAUGAUCAAGAAUCCCAAACAAUUGAGGAAGCGCAAAAAGGAACUGAAACAUCGAUUCUGGACGGAGGUAUAUGAUGGAGCCAAGUUAUUUUAUCUUUCUGGAUUACUGCAUGGAGAAUAUUUGAGAAACGAAGUGAAGAACUUGGGCCGCUUUAUCUCAGUGAUGAAGUUUCGUCCUUUAUCCUGGCGUGGAGCUCAUAGUUAUCUGCUGGUGGAUCGUAUGGAGGAUGUGACAAACACGGAUCAAGUCCGUCGUAAUCCCAAAUGUGACCGUGAAGUCAUUCUUUAUGGUUAUGUGCGUGGUGUUCCUCUUAAGCAAGAGCAUAUGGUUCAUAUAGCUGGUCUGGGCGAUGCUCGCAUUGAUGAGCUGAGUGUUAUUCCCGAUCCCUGCCCGUUACCCGGUACUGAAAAGAAGCGAAGUCUGCUAGAAAAGGAACGCUUGCUUUAUGCUCCCAUGUCGGGUGUGGGAGGCAUAGUCUAUGACAAGGAUGCAGUUUACAUUGAGCUGCAGGGCUCGCAUUCCCACAAGGAAAAGACAGCUGAGGCCACCGAACAGGAGGAGCUUGUUACCAAGUUGAUUGACAAAAAGGCCACCAUUGAUCAGCAAAUGGAGCAACAAGAAUUUCGUCUUUUCUCUGAUGGUAUGGCCAUUAAGUCCAAAGAUUUUCAAAGUGAUAAUGAGGCUGAAAAUAGUGACGAUGAAGACGCUGAUGAUUCUGGCUUAGAAGCAGCUGAUUCCAGUGACGAUGAUGAGGAAAAAACUGAAGAAUUCAUUGCCGAUGAUUGGCGGGGUGAAAAUAGUGAAGAAGACGAAGAGGAAAACAGCGAUGGAAAUGCCUCCUCCGAUGAUGAAGAGUAUCAAAACCUAACGGGGAAAAGUAGUGGUGCUGCUCUUGAUGACGAUGAUGAAGAAGAUGAAGAUGAUGAGGAGGAAGCCCGAAUCAUAGCCAAUAACAUGAGCUGGAAAUCCAAUUUGGCAGAAAAGGCUAGAGAUGCAUUUCUGCAGCGGCACUCCGAGUCCAAGAAUCUGAUGCGUUUGGUAUAUGGUAUCUAUAACCAAAGCGAUAAGAGGCGUCAGCAAGAAGCGGAUGAGGAUGCUGCGGAUACGGAUGAGGAAGAGGAACUGGGUGGUCUUUUUCGUCUGGCCUCCAAGAAACAAACCGAUUUGCAACAUGAUAAGGACAUACGGGACAAAGAUGAGAGCUGCCUAUUCCAAUAUCAAAGUGAUGCCACACGCAAUUGGCUAGCGGAAGAGAACAAGGAUCUCAUUAAAAACUGUUUUGUCACCGGCAAAUGGAAAGCCUCUGAAGAUGCUGAAACUUUGCUUCGCUUGGACGAUAUGAGCGAUGCUGAGAGUGAGGUAUAUGGAGAUUUCGAGGAUUUGGAAACUGGUGAACAGCAUAAAGGAAAGCCCAAAGACGACGGGGAGGAGGGGCAGACAGAGGAGCCAGCUACUGCUGCAGUCAAACGAAAAUUGACUCGCGUUGAGGAAGAGAAUCUAACCAAAUCAGAAUUAAUGGCCAAAAAGUUAAAGCUGAAAGCCAAAUUCGAUGCGGAAUAUGAUAAAGGUGGAGAGAAAGGCGACGAAGAAGAUUUGGGUCGUAUUACUGGCGAUCAUUCCUUUUACGAGGACCUGAAGGCUGAGGCCCAGCGCCAAAGUGAACUUAACAAAUCAGAAUUUGCCAACUUGGACAAUGAGCUAAGAAUACAAAUCGAAGGCUAUCGUGCUGGCCUAUAUGUUCGUUUGGGUUUCAGGCAAUUGCCAGCUGAAUUUGUUGAACAUUUCGAUCCCAGCUAUCCCGUGCUGGUGGGAGCUCUCAAUAUGACCGAGGAGAACGUGGGUUAUGUCAAUUGUAAAGUUAAGAAACAUCGUUGGUACAAGAAAAUCCUUAAAACGGGAGAUCCUUUGAUUAUAUCCAUGGGAUGGCGACGCUUCCAAACCGUUUCGAUCUUUGCCAAAGUGGAGGAUAAUUUCAGGCAUCGUUAUCUGAAGUACACGCCCAAUCAUGUAACCUGCAGCAUGACCUUUUGGGGUCCUAUUACACCGCAGAAUACUGGUUUCUUGGCUCUGCAGACAGUGCGACAAGAUCAGGAGGAAAUGAAGCGUCUAGGCUUUCGUAUAGCAGCCACUGGAUGUGUCACCGAAUUGGACAAAUCCUCGCAGAUAAUGAAGAAGCUGAAGCUAGUAGGUCAUCCAUUUAAGAUUUAUAAGAAAACCGCAUACAUUAAGGACAUGUUCAACUCCUCGCUAGAGGUGGCCAAAUUCGAGGGUGCCAAAAUUAAAACAGUCUCCGGCAUACGUGGUCAGAUUAAGAAAUCCCAUCACACGCCCGAGGGUUCCUACCGAGCCACCUUUGAGGAUAAAAUUCUUUUAAGUGACAUUGUAUUCUGUCGCACUUGGUUCAAUGUGGAAGUGCCACGUUUCUAUGCCCCGAUCACAACGCUGCUGAUGCCUGCCGAACAGAAGAGCCAAUGGCAGGGCAUGAAAACUUUGGGACAACUGAAACGCGAACGUGCCCUACAAAAUCAGGCUCAACCCGAUAGCUUGUACACAGAGAUUGUACGCAAACCGAAAAUCUUUCGUCCUCUGGUCAUACCGAAAGCCCUGCAACGAGCCCUUCCAUAUAAGGAUAAGCCCAAAAUGGGUCCAGAAAAUCCUAAAGAGGCUUUGGAACGUGUGGCUGUUGUUAACUCACCGUACGAGCAAAAGGUCAGCAAAAUGAUGAAAAUGAUCGAGACCAACUAUAAGGAUAAAAAGUCACGCGAUCGCCUAGAAACAAAGAAACGUCUAAGCACCUUCCGUGCCAAAAAGCGGGCCGAAGAGGCUUCCAAAAUGAAGCGCCAAAAGGAACUGCGGAAGAAGGUCUCUCGGGCCGUUAGUAAAAUGAGAGGCAAGCAGACAAGUUAAGAUGAGACGUCAGCCAUCUUGAUUUAGUUUAUACUUUUAAAUUCUAACUUAAAUAAAGUCCGUUAUUAAUUUAAAAACAA